CUGGGGAGUGCCCCAGGUGGCCUCAAUGGCCAGGUCUGGGCCAGGCUGAAGUCAGGAGCCAGGAGCUUCCGCCAGGUCUUCUGCAUGGGUGGCAGGGGCCUAAACACUUGGGCCAUCUUCAGCUGCCUUUCCCAGGCCAUCGCAGAGAGCUGGAUCAGAAAUGGAGCAUCCAGGAUAUGAACCGGUGCCCACAUGGGAUGCAGGGAAAACACCUAAGGAAUUUGCAUAAGACAGCUGUGCAAAAUGGAGCUGGAGGAGCCCUAUUUGUGCACAGAGACACUCCUGAGAAUAACCCAGAUACUCCAUUUGAUUUCACACCAGAAAACUAUAAGAGGAUAGAGGCAAUUGUAAAAAAUUAUCCAGAAGGGCAUAAAGCAGCAGCUGUGCUUCCAGUCCUGGAUUUAGCCCAGAGGCAGAAUGGGUGGUUGCCUAUCUCUGCUAUGAACAAGGUUGCAGAAAUUUUACAAGUACCUCCAAUGAGAGUAUAUGAAGUAGCGACUUUUUAUACCAUGUAUAAUCGAAAGCCAGUUGGAAAAUACCACAUUCAGGUCUGCACUACUACGCCUUGCAUGCUCCGAAACUCCGACAGCAUACUGGAGGCCAUUCAGAAAAAGCUUGGAAUAAAGGUUGGGGAAACUACACCUGACAAACUUUUCACUCUUAUAGAGGUGGAAUGUCUAGGGGCCUGUGUAAAUGCACCAAUGGUUCAAAUUAAUGACAACUACUAUGAGGAUCUGACACCUAAGGAUAUUGAAGAAAUUAUUGAUGAACUGAAAGCUGGCAAAAUUCCAAAACCUGGGCCAAGGAGUGGACGCUUCUCUUGUGAGCCAGCUGGAGGUCUUACCUCUUUGACUGAACCACCCAAAGGACCUGGCUUUGGUGUGCAAGCAGGCCUUUAAUUUAUAUUAGCUGUAAAUAUGUCACUGGACAAAUAAAUAUGAACCUGCUGUGUAUAUAAACUUUUUGCAUUAUUUG